UCCUCUGUGUGUGUGUGUGUCGGCACGUCUUUUGUAAUAUAGAUAUGGGUUUCUGGCUUUCUUGAAGAUCUUGCAAUUUCUUCGAUUGGGUUAUAUACUGCCCCAUUUAUUGGUUGGAAAUUGAAGUGAAGAUUUUCUUCGUCCUUCACACUGUUGGCGUUUGUUUCCAAACCGAUUAUUUCGUUGAAUUUCCAGAUCGAGUCGAGGAAUGACAAGGAGAUGGGGAAGAAAGGAAACUGGUUUGUUGCAGUGAAGAAAGCCUUCAGUCCUGAAUCCAAGGAGAAGAAAGAUCAGAAAAGCAGUAAAUCUAAGAAGAAAUGGUUCGGGAAAGAGAAACACCCAGAUCCUUCUACUUCCUCAUUUGAAACUGCUUCUGCGGUGCCCCCUCUUCCCCAAAAUUCUCCUCCUCCACCUCCUCCACCUCCACCUCCCGAGGAAGUGCAGCUCACCGAAGCAGAAAAUGAACAGAGCAAGCACGCAUACUCUGUUGCGAUUGCCACCGCUGUGGCUGCUGAGGCCGCCGUUGCUGCAGCUCAGGCUGCCGCAGAAGUUGUUCGCCUCACAUCAGUGACCCGUUUUUCUGGUAAAUCAAAGGAGGAAAUUGCGGCUAUCAAGAUUCAAACGGCAUUCCGAGGAUACCUGGCAAGGAGAGCAUUACGGGCCUUGAGAGGGCUUGUUAGGUUGAAAUCACUCAUACAUGGAAAUUCAGUCAAACGUCAAGCCACAACCACCUUACGUUGCAUGCAGACACUGGCCCGUGUUCAGUCUCAAAUCCGUUCAAGGAGAAUCAGGAUGAUGGAGGAGAACCAGGCUCUCCAGCGGCAACUCCAACAGAAACGUGAGAAGGAACUUGCAAGUUUACGAGCCUCUAUGGGAGAGGAUUGGGAUGACAGUCUGCAAUCCAAGGAACAAAUUGAAGCAAGCCUAUUGAGCAAGCAAGAGGCUGCUAUGAGAAGAGAAAGAGCUCUUGCUUAUGCAUUCUCUCAUCAGCAAAUGUGGAAGAAUUCAAGAUCUGUUAACCCAACAUUUAUGGAUCCAAACAAUCCUCACUGGGGAUGGAGUUGGCUAGAGAGAUGGAUGGCAGCCCGGCCAUGGGAGAGUCGUAGCAUGACAGAGAAAGAGCUCAACAAUGACCAAGCAUCUGUAAUAAGUGCAAGCCGCAGUGUUGGAGGAGAAAUCAGCAAAGCUUAUGCUCGUCGUGAGCUCAAUGCUGAAAAGCCUUCACCAACAGCCCAAAAACCAAGCCGCUCUGCCACCCGCCAAUCCCCAUCAACUCCUUCCAAAGCAACUUCAUCAUCAGUAGCUGGGAAAUUGAAUGUGGCAAGUCCAGGGGGGAGCUUGUGGGGUCAGGAUGAUGACUCAAGGAGCAUGUUCAGCAUGCAGUCAGAGAAGCAUCGGCGGCACAGUAUUGCAGGGUCAUCAGUGCGAGAUGAUGAGAGCCUGGCAAGCUCUCCAUCUGUCCCAAGCUACAUGGCACCCACCGAGUCUGCAAAGGCUAAAACUCGAUUGCAGAGCCCAUUGGGGUUAGAGAAGAAUGGAACCGGGACCCCGGAGAAAGGAUCUGCAGGGUCUGUUAAGAAGCGUCUGUCUUACCCAGCUUCCCCAGCGGCGUUGAGGCGACAUUCAGGUCCGCCCAAGGUGGACACCAGCUCCAUUAAAGACAUUGGCAUACCUGCAGAGCACAGUGUGAGCAAUGGAGGGAGCAGGUAGUUGGCACCUGAUCAAAUGGGGAGCAGAAGACAAGACACACGCAUGGGUUAGAGGGAUCUCAAGAAGAGGGGAAACAGGAAGAAGUGAUCAGGUUGGUUUCUUCAACUAUUUUAGAGCUCUCUUAUUUAUUGUGUAGUAGAAUCUGGAUUGGUUGAAAUUAUUCUUCUGCCUUUUUUCUUUAAUUUUAUAUGUUUUCGUAGUAUUUUUCCGUAGGUUUCUUCCCUGUUUCUGUUAUUUUUUGUUUUCAUGUUGUUUUGGGUUGGCUCCAUUGAUACUUCUGAAAUUAGAUAAGAACCCGAUUCUUUGUAUUGGUUGUCUCUAAAACAAACGCUUGUGAUUUUAUUUUUGUAUCAUUCGUUUACUUGAAUGGAAGAAAUCAUUUGUUGUAA